UUUCCACUUUCAUUAUUCAAUGUUGCCGUCUUUACAUAGGCAACGAACAUUUGAAGCUAAUUUGAAGCUAAGACUGAGAAAUCUAAUGUAUACAUCUCGCCAUCUGAGCACAAUGUUUCUUAGAAUUCUCAUCGCCCUCAAGGAAUAUGAAAGGUGAAAUAAACAUGAAAAAUGACGUGACACGUCUUCUAUUGGAGAUUUUACAUUCUACCUUACAACUCAUAUCAUGGACGCAUUUUUAAAAGGAACCAAGCGAAAGUCAUCCGCUGUGGAAGACUCAUUUAUAGUCGAUGAUAAUGAAUCGACGGACGUGAAACUGGCAAUUCUCUCGUCAUUGCACUCUAAUAUCAGCCAGGAAGCCUUACUGGAAUCCCUCUUAGAGCAUGACGGUUCUGUUCGAGCUGCUUCCGCUUCUCUAGCUGAGGAUCGAUCAACAUCGCCAAAGAAGAAGAAAAACAGUGCUGUUGGUUAUCAGUCUUCACUUAGGUUAUUUGCGUCCAAGUCUUCAACUAGAGAACGACCUAUGUCACCGAAGAAAGCGAGAACCAUUCCUAAGAAAGGGACGACGCUUCACUUGUAUGAUCCUGAGGAUGUAGCCGAGCAUACACCUUGCAGUAUCAUUCAUAAUUUUCUACCGUCAGAUGAGGCCAACGAGCUUCUUAAAGAAAUGUUAAGCGAAUCUAGUUCGUUCGAUAAAAUCACAUUCAAAUUAUUUGAUAACGUGGUCCAGAGCCCACAUACAUCUAGUUUCUACGUCGGGACGGAAGCCGAAAUUAACACUCAGAAACAUGAUUACUUCUACAACGGGGCCCGAUUGACGGACGUACGAUCUAUCACCCCUCAACUUUUGCAUGUUCGCCCAAAGGUUCAAGAAGCGGUAAAUAGAGAAAUUCAAACCCGUAUCAAGACUCGCUACCCCGGCGGACGAAAGCUGAAGUACCAGUCUCCAGAUCCAUGGUCACCGAAUUGUGCCUUCGUCAAUUGUUACAAUGGGCCUCAGGAGAGCGUUGGCUAUCAUAGCGAUCAACUAACGUACUUGGGUCCGCGGGCUGUAAUAGGCUCACUUUCCUUAGGUGUGGCAAGAGAAUUUCGUGUUAGACGGAUCAUGCCAAAAGACUCUGAUACUAGCCCUACGGAUGAUCCGGACGCUGAAGGACAAAUAUCUAUACACCUUCCACAUAAUUCUCUCUUGGUUAUGCAUGCUGAGAUGCAAGAGGAAUGGAAACAUUGUAUCGCCACGGCCCAAGCGAUUGAUCCUCACCCUAUUGCAGGCAACCGGAGGAUCAAUAUCACAUACCGGGAUUACAAGGCAAGCUUCCACGCAAAAUUUACUCCGAGAUGCAAAUGUGGCAUUCCCGCCAUACUAAGGGUCGUUCAAAAGAAGAAAGAAAACCAAGGAAAAUAUUUCUGGAUGUGUCACGGCGGAAAUGUACCUGGUAAAGAGAAUUGCUCAUUCUUCCAAUGGGGCGACUUCGAUGACGACGGAAAUCCUAGCUGGGACAAGUCACGAUAUAAACUUGGCCAUAACAAUGGCAAUUUCGAGAACGAGAUACAAUGAUACGCUUUUUAGUGCCUUCGACACUCUAUUCUGCAUCGAAGAACAACUGCGAAUUCACCACGAACCGGACCCUGCAUUAUGCUGGCCUAGAUUUGAGUGGAGAUAAAGCUUCGAUACAAGUGAAUAUAGAAAACGAUAUACCCCGUUACUACCACCCAAUCUCGAUCUUCAUUCGCAACUUUAGGCGCAACUUUGGGGUUUUAUGGCUCAACAUAGAGCGGCGGACGAUUGUAGCCAUCGACCUGUUUCACGUUUAAGUUGCCGACAUCUAAGUCGUUGAAGACCCUCAGGUUAAU